AUGGCCAAGCCAGACAGAGAUUGCAAAACAACUCGGGGCACCGACGGCCGACCCCGCGGGCACGGCGGAGCGCGGGGAGGGGCGGGGCCAGCGGGCCGCCUCGUGCCGCGCGGAAACUCAAACCGGCGGCCGCGCCCGCGACCAAUGAGCCCGCGGCGCCGCCCGCCGCCAGCCAAUGGGAGCGCGCUGCCGGGGCGGGGCGGGGCGCGGCACUGCCGGGCGGCGGCAACUCUCGGGGCCGCGGCGGCGGCUGCGAUGGCCCCGGAGCGCGGCUCCCGUCCGUCCCCCGCGGGGCCGCUCCCCGCCGGCACCGAGGGGCUGCCCCGGGCCUUCCUGCAGAGCCUGCGCACCCUCUUCGAUAUCCUGGACGACCGGCGGCGGGGGUACGUGCACCUCCGGGAGAUCGAGUCCCGCUGGCAGGGCGCGGAGGCCCGCGAGCUGCCCUCCGGCGUGUUGGACGGGCUGCGGCGGGCGGCGCCGCCCAGCGGGUAUCUCACCUUCGAGCGCUUCGUCCUGGGGCUGCGCGCCGCGCUGCCCGGCGCCGACGGCGGAGUCCCGGGUAAGGGCAGAGCACCGGGGCGCGGGGAGCCGCGGGACAAGGAGCGGGACAAGGAGCGGGGCCGCGGCCCCGCCGUCACCGCCUCGCGGAGCCUGGAGAAGCUGCCGAGCCCGCACGGCAACGAGGAGCGGCGCGGGCAGAGCGGCGGACACCGCGAGCCGGAGCCAGGCCAGGGGCAGCCGCGCGGCCGAGGUAUUGAUGUUAAGUCUGCUGGGCAGUCCCAAGGAGAUGGUGGCCAUGCAGGCCCUGGGGACGUUCGGAGACAUCAGAGGGGACGUGCAGAACACCGGAGACACACUAUUGCCAAUGGUGUGGACUUUGGCAUGCUGAAGCAUAUGAAGGAGCUGGAACAGGAGAAGGAUUUCCUGCUUCAGGGUCUGGAGAUGGUUGAGCGUGCCCGUGAGUGGUACCACCAGCACAUCCAUUUCAUGCAAGAACGCCAGAGGCUGCUGGGGAAAAACAAAACCAGCACUGACUUCCUUCCUGAUGGCAGUCAGAGCCACCUGGGGCACCUGAUCCCAAAGCUGCAGGAGGUGAACCGCUGCCUGGGUGACCUCUUGUCAGCUGUGGGCAAGCCAGGGAACUCCACCUCAGCGCUGAGCAGGCUGACCCCCACUGCCCUUGCCGUGUCCCCAGCUUCAGCAGGCUCCCAGCAAGCCAUCAACAUGCUGAAGGAGCAAAACCGGCUUCUCACCAAGGAGGUGACUGACAAGAGUGAACGCAUCACCCAGCUGGAACAGGAGAAAUCUGCUUUGAUCAAGCAGCUCUUUGAGGCACGUGCCCGCAGCAAUCACGAAAUGAGCCAGCUGGACUCCACCUUCAUCUAGCAUGUGUCUCCCAGCGCUCCUCGCCCCAUAUUGAGCUUCUCCAGGGGAUUGGUGGAGCUGGGGCUCUUGCCCUAAAACCCUUCUGUCCAUUGCUCCAGGUGUUCAUCUCAAGGCCUGUGGAGGCCUGGAACUGCCCAUGGUGGGAAGAAGCUGGGGACAGCGCUUCCCUGAUCUGCUUGGGCAGGCCUCGGGAGUCCCCUCCCUGCCAUGCUGCUGCACGUGGCCGGCAGUGCUGCUCGCAAGCUGCUCCUGUUCAAAACUGACUGCAGUUGACUGCUCCCCUACCUCUUGACCCCCAGUGUGUCGGGUGGAAACAGCUGCUGCUCUUACUGUGUGAAUGGGGAGAGCUGCUGUACUCUAGGCCUGACCUAGGCUGAAUUCUGGCUGCUCUUGGAAAAAGAUACUGAUCUUUAACAUUCCAUCUGGCAUUCCCAGGCAAGCCUGCCCACUGAAGGGCAUCCUGUCUGCUGCUUGUCCCUCUGUCAGAGGACAGGAUUGAAAAUCUGUAGUGGGGCAUGCCUAGUUCCCCCCUGCUGCCUGUGUUCUGCCCGCUAGUGGAACCAGACUGGGCUAGAGCAAUGCCUGAGCUGGUGCUCCUCCUGGGAUAAUCCUUUCCAGUUUGCCGUAGUGAUGCCAUAGUCGCUGUUUACACAUUUGCAGGCUCCUGUAGUUGAUGAGCCAUAGACCUGGAUCAGGUAACCUGUACCUCUGAGCUGCUCGUUCAGGCUGUUUGCAGAUUGAGGCAGAUACCUCUAUCUCUCUUUAUCUUCCUGAACUGGCAAACAUUUCCUAAUGACUGCCAGACCUAUAUUUUUUCCUGAUGACUUUAAAAGGAGAGGUUAUGUCUUGCAGCAUGAGCCUGAUUUCACAGUGGGGCUUUAGGACUCGUUUUCUUGUUUAACUGAAUGCGGGUGAUGGAGAAGAGGUGGCUGGUCUCUUUCUUUUGCACAUCUCCUGGUGGAGAAAUGGCAGCUUUGCGUGGUGGUGUAAGCAUGGGUCAUAGACUGAUGUGUCUCGGGAUAUCUCCUCCUUUCCAUGCAGCUCAGUGAUGGGGCUUGACCUGAAUAAUAUUUUUCAGUGUGGCUUGGUACUUGUUACUGAUGGUACAUUUGUAAGUGAUCGGUGUGAAUCCCCACCUAGCGCAGCCUUGGCCUUUCUCUUCAGCAUUGUUUUGUGUUCAGACUCCUGGCACAGUGCUGUAGCACAACACGCCAAGCUGGGCAAAAAGUGCUGCCUUGCUGUGCCAGCUUCAGCUGUGUUAGGCUGGGGACUGUGCAGACCAACUCCUCACCUACUCCUGAGAAGACCCUUUUACCCAUCCAGUGCAGUUUGUCCCACCCAACUCUCUGAGGCUGACCUUGACCUGAAGCUCACUUUAUGGUGUUCAGUCUCUGCUCUUUUCUUGCACCUGCUGCCAGAGUGGGGAUCAGAAAGCGCAAGGGAGAGUGAGGAAGAGCAAGUCCAAAGGAGUCAUCUUCUAUCUGCAGGAGUAGGGUGUUAGUUGUCCCCUGGGCAUCAGUGCCUGCCAUCCCUGUCAUGAUGCCACCUCUGGUGUCCGGUGCCUGUUUUACCUGAGGUUUAACAAAAAGUGACUCUCCUUGUAACCUGUCUUUAGGGAUAAUAAAGUGGGGUGAUCUAUUUAAUUUAUCUUUCUGUCUCUGACUGAAUCAGUCCAUCUAUUGCUGCAAGCCUUGCAGUUCCUGCCUGUCUUGUCUGGAGGGAUUGCAGGUGAGCAGAGGUUGCACAGCCCUGAGGAGCCCAGUGGGUCUGUGCUCCAGGUCAUGUUCCCAUGCCCUUUCCCUUCCCAUCUGGACAUCUCUGUGCUGUUGGGCUGGGGACACUCCUGGCCUUUCCUCACUGCUGCGCAAUGGGAUUACAAAACACCCAUACUAUGCAACCCUUAGAGCCUGUGGCUGUUACUCUAGCAGCUUGCUGUGGGGCUUCUGCUCAGGUGAUGCUGAUGUAGUUCACAAAUUUAAUGCUAUUUCUUUUUGAGUGGUGCCUUCCUGCAGCACAGCUGGGAUGCUGCUGCACCCUGCAGGGUCCGACCUGCACUUCUGUGCUCUGCAGCUGAGCUGUCUGUGCCUCCAUCUCUGGUAUGGGAGCAGAGCUGUGCAGGAGAAUCUGAGCCAAAGCCCUCCUGUGCUUGGGAGAGUGAUCUUUGCAGCGGCUCCUUUCAAGUGGAGAGUGGGGCAGCCACAAGUCCUAGACAGGGGAAGGAGGGAGUGAUAAUUGCCAUAAAUGUCCCAGUUUUCGCUAAGAUGUGAAGUCCGAAAGGUCUUUCAAAGCAAAGAGAGGAUCAUUGUCUCUGCUCAAUGCCCCUCUGUGUGAGGAGCCAGGGCAGCUCUGCCCCUGCCCUGGUGCUGGGGCUGCCUGGCUGCAGGGGAACAUCCUGUCCACUGUCCAGACAGUGCUGGACCUGGGCCCUCU